UACGACUCUUACAUUCCCUAUUGACAAAGUUCCCAAGUUAACCCCUUUGCUCCUACUUUAAGUGACAGAAGCAAUUUUAUCUGUUUAUAAACAUGAGUUUCAAUUAUAUGCUCAAUUAGUAACAGCGUUUCUAGAAUGAGUCCAUUCGAAAAUCGUGAGUUGAUGUAUAAGAAAUAUGAGAGAGAAGGUGUUGUUAGUCAAGAAUGGCUGGACAACGUGGUUGAGUUUGUAGAGUACUGUGAGUCAAGUCCCAAUGUAGAUAGGUUGGAUAACAAGAAAAUGCGAUGUCCUUGCAAGAAAUGUAAGAACAUCAAGUUUUGCUCAUCAAAGAUUAUGCUGGAGCACAUUUUGCGGUUUGAGUUCACACCCAAUUACUUUGAUUGGGUAUGUCACGGAGAGAAUCAUGGUGACUACGUACCUCCACAACGAUGUAAAGUCCCUCGUCAAGCUGAUGCCUCAGAUGUAUCACAUGUCCCGGGUAGAGAACAGUUUGUACACAUGAUUUAUGAUGCAGUCAGCCCGACUAGGAUAAACUCUGUUCUUGAAGAAGAGCCAAAUUCGACAGACAAGCACUUCUUCGAAAUGUUGAAAGUUGCUGAUACAGAUAUUUGGUCGGGGAGUUCUAAGAUGUCUCAGUUGUCUGCAGUUGCGCGCUUGUUGAAUAUUAAACAGAAGGCUAAGAAGAAAGGGGCGCCUGUGCAGUUGGAUGAGGUUAUCAUCCACACAAAGACAAAGAAGCACGGUGGAAAGACUUGGGUGGAUCCGGGACAUGCUGAGCUACAGGCACAAUUCUUCGAACUGCGCGAGGAGGCUAGACAAAAUGGACUUAAAGUCACCGACGAAGAAAUAUGGUACUCGCUAGUCGAGGGCCAUAACGCAAAGAACCGUGUUCCUGGAGUUGGUGACUACGCACGGGAAAUGAAGAAGAUCAAUCCGUCCUCCAAACCUCGCCGUUCCAGCACUAGCAGCAGCAGCGCGGCGGAGAUGGCAGCCCUUAAAGAGCAAACCCAAAGGCUGCAGGAACAACUUGAUAAUCUAACCUCAAGCUUGUCGCUGACGAUUCAGGAGGAAAUAAGGAAGUUAUAUGGUGGUAAUCUUCCUCCACGAGGCAAUGACGAUGGAAUGGGAGGGGCAGGACAGCCCGGGAUUUGUUGACAUCUUUGACAUUUGAAACAAGCACUUUAAUAUUUCGUGUUUUUACAAGAUUAUGAAUUAUGUUACAUUUGCACGUGAAGGAUUAAUUAAUCUCGUUUUGAAUUAUGUAUUUCGUAUUGAAAUUUUGUUUAGAAUUAUGCGUGUGAAAUUUGAAUGUGUUGCCCCUACUACUCCCUAAAAACAGAAAAAAUAGAAAAUGCUGGU